UCCAGUUCUCGAGCGUCUGCGGUUUCUAAAUAGUCAUGGCGUCGAACGGAAAGCAGGCAGAUUUCAGGUCUGAGGAACACGAUGAGAGAAAACAAACCGCCGUAUCUUUCGGUUUCACUAAAAAAUUUAGCAAAUUCAAAGGAUCAACUGGCCAACCCGAGAGCAGAAGCGAGGACAAAGAUCUUUUGACUGGGAUCAAUGGAAAUGAGUUUCAGAGUGUAAAACCAUGUGAACAGCCCAAAGAGCUGAUCAUACCUCUGAUCAAAAAGAAUCGUUGGCACAAAGCUGACCAGAGCAACCAAAGUGAGCGGAAUGGAGAGGAAAAAGUGGGCAAAAGUGAUGAUCAUGACUCAAUGGAAAGCCAAGCUGUCAAAGAACUCAUUGAGGAUUCACGGAGGCAACUUGACUUGUGGCAGAAUGGUCCUCAGUCAGAAACAAACCUCAACCUCUCAAUCCCCCUGCUGAUGCAGAACAAAGUGCCCGAUGGUUUUGAGGAUGGUGAUCAUAUCAAGGUGGACCUUCGACCUGAAUCGUCCACAGAGGCAGAUUAUGAGAGCGUUCCCAUUGAAGCUUAUGGACUGGCCAUGCUGAAGGGGAUGGGCUGGAGCAAAGCUGAGGGAAUAGGAAGGACCUUUAAACAAGAUGUGAAGCCCAUCGAACACCAGCUUCGCCCUAAAGGUUUAGGUCUUGGUGCGGAUCGUUCUGCUAUCAAAGACCUGAUGCCAGACAAACAUCGUCGCCCCCCUAAACCGGGUGAGGAGCCAAGCAAGGACGAUGAGCUUGUAAUGGGCCCCGGAGGGUGCGUCCUGGUGGAGUCCGGGGCACAUAAGCAACUAUAUGGCAAGAUAGAAGGCAUCGACCCAGACAACGCCCGCGUGGUAGUGAAGCUUGCCAUCGGCAGCAAGACUGUGACCAUUAGCCAGUACGCCGUUAAACUGGUCGGGCGAAAGGAAUAUGAAAAAUACAGCAAAGACCUGAGUCGCCUCAGUAAAGCUCAUAAAGAAAAAGAAGAAAAGGAGAAGGCUCGAGAGAAGGAGCGGCACAGACGGGAGGAAAAGGAGAGGUCAAAAGAGUCAGAAAGAGACGGCCGAAAUGACGACAGGAAGAGGAAACACAAAGACUCGCGGACAGACAGAGAUAAGCCGCCAGAAAAGGAGGCGCGGAAAACUCCAGCUGCCCCGUCUUGGCUCCAGAGAGACCUGAAAGUUCGCUUUAUCGACAAAGCCUUCAAAGGGGGAAAGUACUACAACUCUAAGAUGCGAGUGGAAGACGUCUUGACUCCGGAUACAUGCGUGUGUCGAACAGAGGAGGGGCGACUUUUAGACGAUGUGAAGCAGCACAUGCUGGAAACUAUUGUUCCCAAAAGCGAAAAUGAUCUCAUAAUGGUGGUACUUGGCGAGCACAGACAGCAAGUUGGUCGCAUCCUUCAGCGGGACAAGAGCAGAUGCAAAGCGAUGGUGCAGCUAGACAGACACGAGGAGAAAGUGUUCACAUUGGACUAUGACUGCAUUUGCCACUAUGUUGGUGCAACGGAACACUGAAACAAGGUGUAAAAUAUGUUGAGUCGAUUCCCUCUGACACUCUCUUUGUACCCCUCCGACGAUGCUGGCUUCCUCAUGAUCAAGUUUGGGAAUUAACAUCUGUGAUGGUUCAGAAUGAAAGUCAAUGUAUAACUGGAUGGGUCUCAGGAAAAACAAAGGGUUGUGUCAUGUGUAUAUAACACCUGUGCCAAAUAUAACAUCAACAUUACAGGGAGAAACCCAGACAUGUUUUUCUGUAUAGAUUUUAAACUACUUUGUUAUAAAAUCUUGUCAACAUUUGUUUUCUAUAUUUUAUUAUUUUAGAUGAUUGUAAAAUAAACAAGUCUGUAAGCUGAAUUGUGUUUCUGUCCUAAAUGAAACAAUUUAAAUAGUAAAGAGUCAGACUACGUCAAAGCAAGAUGUAUUUUAAUGAAGCUCUAAAAACUAGAGGUCGUAUUUACAAUCAAUGAAAAAUUUAACCUGUUCAUCAGCCACAUUUUUAAGGUGAUGGAGAAAACAAGUGUGUGUUGCUGACAAGCUCUGGUUACUCUUUUGGUGGGUGGUUAGCUGCGUUAGCUCGAAGUACAGCUCCGGGACUGGGGUACGGCCGCUGUUGGAACAGAGGGCCUGCUGCUGUCGUAUCUGCUCCGGUCUUUGCUUCAUUUCGCUUCGGGAGGCCACUUGACCAUGAGCCCCUAUGAACAAAGUCUGUUAGGAAAUGCUUUUAGACAACAGAAAACAGGGGUAAUCGAGUACCUUGGCGCAUCUGAGUAAGCACUU